CAGGGGCCGAGACGUCCAUCUGUCGAGUGCGGGGCUGUUCGUGGAUCCUGACCAACCAUGGCUCGGAGCAACUCCAGAUGCAAUUGUGCUUCCACAAAGCGUCCAGCAAGACGGACCACCGGUGACAGAUCACCAGGACCAUCUUCCAAUACAAACCACACAAAUUUCGACCAAGAAUCCCCAGAAAUCAAGCGGCUGUGCAUGACCAAGGACCUACAGUCGGCUAAGAAGAAAAUCCACGUAAUCAAGACAAUUCUGAAAAGAAAAGAGCAAAAGAUAAAGGACCCCAAAACCCUGGUGGAGGGCCUGAGGGAUCAGCAUGUGCUCACAGACGAGCUCCGACUAAAACUGGAAGCAUUCGGGGAAAUACCUCAGGAGCUGCUCAAGGGAUUUGAGAAGAAUGCCACAAGGAAAUUGUCCGGCAGGAGGUACAGUGAAAGAACAAAACAGUUUGCUGCCACCUUACACUAUUACUCUCCACAAGCAUAUGACUAUGUAAGCAGACUCUUCCCUCUGCCCUCCGUGAGCUCCCUCAGGUCCUGGCUGAAGGUGUUUGGGGGGUGGCCUGGGUUCACCCGAGAAGCACUGGGAGAGCUCCAGCGUCGGCACACAACGGCAAGCUGGUUCGCUACGUCGAUCUUGGCCAAGUACUGGGACCGCACGAGUCUGACGAGGUGCCCAUGGCAACGGAGGCCCUGGUCUUCAUGGCGGUGGGCCUUGCAUCACCCUGGAAGAUUCCCAUUGGGUACUUCCUCACGAACGGAGCAUCAGGGAAGCUCCUCAAAAGCCUCCUUGAAGACGCCAUUGCAGCCGUUGAAAAGUGUGGCCUCCAUGUCAAGGCCAUGGUUUGCGAUGGACUUGGGGCAAAUGUUGCCAUGGCAAAGCUGCUCGGGUGACGGGUCCACGAAACAAACUACGAGAGCCUCCAGCCAAUAUUUGAGCACCCGACCCGACCCACCGAGGAGGUACACUUCAUCUUCGACGCUUGCCACGUCCUCAAGCUUCUUCGAAACCUCCUAGGCGACAAGCAGGUGUUCAAGUCAGCAGUUUACGAGGUGCUUCGACUUGUUAAACUCGAGGAGCCCUGUAGCUCACAGCUACAAGCACCCAUUCAACACAGCCAACAUCGAGGAGAGGAGCCGGACAAUGGAGGCGGGUCGGCAAGACCAUCAUGCAGCUGGAGCUGCCCGACGGCGAACCUGUGGUCCUGGGCGGCAGGGCAUGUCUGUGAUUGCAUUCGCCUUCACACUCAAGAGCGUGGAGAGCCUCGCAAGCCAGCUGCUAAGCAGCGGCACAGUCAGCUACCUGUGCUCCUAUCGAACAAGCCAGGACCACCUGGAAACGUUCUUCAGCUGCGUGCGGCAAAGGGGUGGGUGGAAUAACA